AUGUAUGAAAUCCAAAAGGAAACAUUUUACCUGAUGUUAUCUUCAGAAUUGUUGCUUAGGAUCGCAUAUGCACUUGCAGUCAUACGAUUUGCCUGGAAACAUCACUUUGACCUUUGUGCUGAAACACGCCUCGAAACUGCCCACGAGUCGGAAGUGCAGCGCGUGGCAAUGCCUCUGCAUAAUGGUGCUACUCAAGAAAGCGCACCAAAUGAUGACGAAAAAGUGGUAGCUGAACUUUUACAUAGCUUGCUUGAUCGGAUCGAAGAGGGACUUGUCGAAGGUACUUCAGAUGAAGUGACUCCUAAUAACGAAGCUGAAGUGGCAAGCACUUCAGAUGCCAAUUUAUCGGAGCGCAUUAAUGAAACAAAGGACUUGGACGGAAAAGUCGGUCCGAACGCACCUAGCCCACCAUCGGAAGAAACCGAUCGCGACAAUUUUAAGCUCAAAUCUAUUCGCUUUGACUCAAUCAAGUUCUCGAUCGUAACACAGAACCUCAAUGGACCGUGCCCUCUUAUCGCCCUCGUCAAUGUUCUGGUUUUGAAAGGACUCGCGAGGCUUCCUUCUUCUGGUAACGUAAGCAGGGAUGCUCUGACACAGUUGAUAGCGGACACCUUGUUGAGGAUGAGACCUGAAAACAUGAACAGUCAGGUGGAAAGCAACUACAAUCGAAACUUGGAUGAUGUUAUAAACAUCCUUCCAGAUCUUGGAAGGGGUCUGGAUGUUAAUAUCAGGUUCCGCCAUGUCAAUGAUUUCGAAUUCACUCCAGCUUUAUCGUUGUUCGAUCUGUUACGCAUCAACCUGUACCAUGGAUGGCUUCCGGACCCUCAAUUUGCUGAGAUCAGGGAUGCUAUUGGAGAGCUCACUUAUAACCAGAUAGUGGAAAGGAUCUGCGAUGACAGUGACCCCAAUCGCUUUCUUUACGAGGAAUUUCUUGGUGAAAACAUUUCUCAGCUGACUUACCAUGGAUUGGUAGCUCUUAUGGAAGCAAUGCGCGAUGGCGAACUGGCUGUGUUAUUCCGGAAUAACCAUUUUCAUACCAUUCACAAAAGGAGGGAUCUCCUUUAUCUCCUUGUGUCAGAUAGUGGUUAUGUUCGGGAAUCUGACAUUGUGUGGGAGUCUUUCAAUACGGUGGACGGCAGUUCACUAUUUUUCAAUGGUGACUUCGAGAUCAGCACUCUCCCAAGCAGCAAUGUCUGCGAUCCAAAAGCAGCUUGUUCUACCGAAGCAGACUUCCUUCUGGCACAAGAAUUGCAAGCGUGUGAAGAUGAGCUCGCUCGACAAGAAGCUGAAAGGGAGAAAAUGAAGUUUAAAGAGUCACCACCUCCGCCGACACCACGCGCUCCUUCAUCGCCAUCAUCUGAAGCCUCUUCGUAUGAAAGGGCGCCGUACAGGAAUGGCAGAACUGCUGUUACAAAUUCAGGAUCGAAGGAGAAGAAGUGCACUAUCUCGUAAACGACUACCACAAUAUUUCGUGCCUACCUUACUUGCAUUCUUUCUAAUCGAAUGCCAUAGCCAUACUUAUGUGAUAUAUACGCAUUUAUAUACUAUACUAUCAACUCUGUUUCAUAGUUGUACACAUCGUUGUAUAUUUUACACGUUGAUGAAUUCUGGUCUAAAAAUUUGUGAUACGAGUCAUUUCGAUGUUGAAAUCCGGUUUCAAAAUAAAGAUUUUUAGA